CCAAUCUGGGUGCUCUGAAAUGACAUAAUGGAAUUCAGGAGGAUAGAAAAGGAACAGAGCUCGUGAGCGCGCUCGUACUGGUGACUAUUUUUUACUCGGUGUGUCGGUCUUUCAUGGCAUAGUGUACGCCUCGAGUUUGUUUGAAAAGUGUGAAGAGCGCCAGUUUUGUAAGUAAAGUGAAAAAACGGUAGGCGAAACGUUAAAAACACACACGCUAGGAGCGGGACGCGGAUUUGGGGAGUCCCCUUUAAUUCGAAAGAACUGAAAGCAGAAGAAAUCGCGGCUAACAAGACACUUCCACGUAGACGGGGAGACCGAGCGUUUUCGAAGCACUGAAAGCGACGUGGCGCGUGCGGCGCGUGCCCGAUGUGUGUGUGUUGACGGCGAGUGGGAGCCGCGAGCUCGAGCUGCCCUCACAGAUGUGAGGGCUUAGAAUGGAAACGCCCUUCUACCACGAUGAUGUGAUUCGCGCGAGAGGGGACAUCGCGAGCGACUACUCCGACGACACCAUGAUGAAGAAGGACAUGAGUGUGAACCUGAGCGAGCCGAGCUCGGCCCUGAAGCCGCCCGUCCGGGGGUCGGACGCCUUGUUGAGCUCCACGGACGCGGGGCUCCUGAAACUCGCCUCUCCGGAGCUGGAGCGGCUCAUCAUCCAGUCGAACGGCAUGGUGACCACCACGCCCACCUCGCAGUUCCUCUACCAGAAGGCUGUGAGCGACGAGCAGGAGUUCGCUGAGGGCUUCGUAAAGGCGCUGGAGGACCUGCACAAGCAGAACCAGCUCGGCGGCGGCGGCGGCGGGCACACAGGCAGCUUGGAACUGGGCAGCAACACGCCCGCGGUCACCGCGCACCCGGAUCUGCCCGUCUACACCAACCUCAGCAGCUACGGCAGCGGCCCCCUGGGCACCACGGUCAACUACUCCACGGACACUGUCCCCUUCCCGCCGCCGCCGCCACCACCGUCCUCGUCGACGACUCACCACCUCGGCGGCGCGCAGCACGCGGCUCACGCGCGCCUUCAGUCGCUCAAGGACGAGCCGCAGACGGUGCCGGAUGUGCAGAGCUUCGGCGAGAGCCCGCCGCUGUCGCCCAUCAACAUGGACACGCAGGAGCGCAUCAAGGCCGAGAGGAAGAAGCUCCGCAACCGCAUCGCAGCCUCCAAGUGCCGCAAGAGGAAGCUGGAGCGCAUUUCGAGGCUCGAGGACAAAGUAAAGACGCUGAAGACGCAGAACACAGACUUAGCCUCCACGGCCAGCUUAUUGCGGGAGCAGGUGGCGCAGCUGAAGCAGAAGGUCAUGAACCACGUGAACAGCGGCUGUCAGCUGCUGCCGCACCAGGUGCAGGCCUAUUAGGGCCCCUCGAGCGCCCCUUGUGGCUCCUCAAGGCCCCACAGCAGACACUAUACGUUAUGUACGCGACUAAAUGUAAAAUAUGUUUACAUGUAUGUAACGCGGUUCCACGUCACAAUUGGUUGUUCGGUCAUUUUGUGUAUUUGACAUAAACUGAAUUCGGCGAUGAACCGAAAAGCAAAGUACAUGUAUCUGACAAGCUCGAUGACUGCUGCUUCAACGGCGGUGUCUUGGGUGCGUGUAAAUGUACAUUAUGCCUUAAAUGUUUACAAGCACUUAUGAACAGAUGACAUUUUACAUAUUGACCUGCAGUGUCUUAUUAUUUUUUUUUUACUUCAAAUGUGAAG